AUGGCGCGUUCCGUAUGGAAGGGCCCCUUCGUCGACGGCUAUCUUCUCAAGAAGGCCGAGCAGGCGCGGGCGAGCGGCCGCAAGGAUAUCAUCCGCACGUGGUCGCGGCGGUCCACGAUCCUGCCGCAGUUCGUGGGCCUCACCUUUGGCGUCUACAACGGGCGCAAGUUUCUGCCGGUGCUGGUCAACGAGAACAUGGUCGGCCACAAGUUCGGCGAGUUUUCGCCGACGCGGGUCUUCCACGGCCAUGCCGGCGACAAGAGAGUGCGGCGGGGCUGA